AUGUUUCGUUCGGCCUGUGACCUCGUACAAGUGGAUCAUCCUAAGGAUUGGAGUAUCGAAAACGAGAGACUUGAAUAUCUUCGUCGACUCGAGGCUUCGAUCAGCAAUUGCGAGAGCCAACCUGCAAAUCUCCUGGACAUUUUUCGACCCGAAGAAAUCGAGUGUCUUCUAUCGGAUUGCGUGAAAAACAUUUUGGAAGACAGAAGUCCUUAUCGAGCAUUCGUCGAGUUUGUAGUUCGCAGCGGCUACAAGGACGUGUCCCAAUUCGACGAAGACGGCAAGCCACAGUUGCGUCGAACUACACCGAUACAUCACGCGGCUAAACAUUCCCUCGACUUGGCUGCCGUAGUCCGUGAGCUAUUCCAAGUGUACGAGUGCGAUACGAAUUACAUCGACGAAACUGGAUCGACGCAUUUCCACGUGGCCGUCCAGUUCGGUUGUGCCGACGUCGUCGAGAAAUUCCUAGAACUCGGCCAGGAUCCCAACAUCGUCGCGACGGGAACGGGCAAUUCGCCGCUACACUUGGCUGCGAUCUUUGGCCGCAGGAAGAUCGCUGAAAUGCUGGCGAGGAGUAGGGCCAAGACAACUUUGGUCAAUGCAGAAGGACUGACUCCUGUGGCAGUGAGAAGAUGCGCCGAUCCACGCUCUGAAUCGACUGUGCUUAUAAGCAAUUUCUACAAACGAUGGAUAAAUGAAUCGACUUCUGUUCGCGUUUUCAAGAAAUUUCACGACGAUAACUUGUCGGAGAUCGCAUCGAAGAUAAUCGACGUACAACAGCGAGACCUAUUGCGCAAGGCUCUGCGUUACCGCAAUAGAGAAAUGGCCGAAUUGCUGCUGAGACGCGGCGCGAAUCCUAAUUCGGCCGAUGCGCGUGGGGAAACAGCUCUGCGCGUCGUUGGCAGGAUCGACGAAGAUUCGGUAAAAGCGUUCUUCGAGAUCUGCGACGCGAUCGGGCAGACGGUGCUCGUCGAUGCUCGCGACAACGGGGGUCACACGCGGCGCUAUAUACGAGGCCUUGAAAUACGGACGCGACCAAGUGGUCAAGCUGCUGCUGAGAAGAGGCGCCGCGAUCCAAAUCUAGCCAGCAAGAAAGGAUUGACACCUCUGCAUGAAAUUUGCAUCCGUUCCACUUGUUUUGGAUUCCCGGAGACGUUGUUCGAGAUCGACGAGCGAGCGCAGCGAUUUAGGGUGCGAGUCGAUGCCCUGGACAACUUACGGUAA